AUGAGUGUAAGUCCCCAACGACUUGACGCAUGGGGUCCUGCCCUUGACUUGCUGUCGCCAGAGGAGAAGAAGAGCUCGCUGCAACGCUAUACUCCGAGUCAAGCCCUGACAGGCAAAGACAUAACAAUCGUUGAAGUCAUUGUGCAGGCUGUUCAAGAUAAACGAAAGUUAUGUGAUCAGGGAAGGUGGGCUUUCACCACAAUCUCCGGUUGUAGGAUUAUCGUGCGGGAUGUUCUUGACAGGAUGGCAACAUGGGUGAAUAAGUUCAAGAAAGUUGGCGAUACUCUGAAGCAAUAUGAUCCUCACCAUGACAAAUAUAUGGCCACUGGCAAUUGA